GUCCAACAAUAACUCAUAACUCAUGAAUCGUGAUACUGAACGUGCUUUCGUGCUAUACUUAUUAUCACUUGGGCGAAAACGGUCGCCUGAGAAACAGGAUGAAGCAACCAAACUAACUAUGUCUAUGGCAGUGAAGAUUCAAAAUUAGGGAUUUCAUUCCAUAAAAUUGGUUCAAUCUAAUUCUUUGACAUUUUAUUAUAUAAUUUCAAUCUUCAUUUUGUGUUGGGAUUCAACAAGAUGAUGUCUCCAAAGCCAACUUCUGAUGAUCGUCACUCAAUUUAUUCCAGGCAAGUGCCUCUGAGAAUCAUACAUAUCACUGGCAACUUUAUGCGAAUCUGGUCAAUCUAUUCCAUGUACCAGUAUUUGUCUCAGACAGAAUCUUCAGUUGUGCUGUUUAUCUUCAGUUGCCUGGUUCCAUCAUCUAUAAUCUUUUUAGCUAUGCAAAAGCCCUGGAGAGGAAGGCCACUGUCCAACACGCAGGUUGUUCCUUCUAUGAUUAAUGGAGCCAUAACAGCUUUGUAUUUCAUCCUUUGGGUAAAAGGAGUCAAAACAUGUGGUCCCCUUCGAGCGGUACUUGCAGAGUAUUCUGGUGCUGUACUUGGAGUGUUAUCUGCCGUUCUUUAUGGACGUAGGGGUCAUAUCUGGAAGAAGGUUGGUGGACUAGUAGCAAUGCUAGCUUCCCUCUACUUCUUAUCUCAAGGAUGGGCCAUUGCUACUUAUUCUCCCUUUUCAUUCAGAGAGAAGCUGGAUCCUGAGGCUCAGAUGGAAAACGUAUUGGGAAUGAGGGAUAUGGCAGUUCCUGUGUUUGCAGGAAUAUUAUCUGCUUUCAGAAGAGUGAUUGCUCGGCGCAUUUCAAUUAAGAAUCAGCUUAAAAGGCGCCUUCACGCCAUUACCAUUGCUUCUGCUGCAUGCUUCAUGUUUCCUGUCGCCAUGUGGGACGUUAUAUUGGGGACAACUCCUGAUAGCAGCAAAGAAUUCUCCUUUUCUGCAUGGCCUUAUAUCAGCACCAUCCUUUUCGGAAUUAUAUUGAUUUCUUAUGCCGAGAAUAUUGCAGAAGAGAGGUUGCACAUGGUGUUCUCAUCUCCUAAACAUCUUAUGGUAGCUGGUGGAUGUAUAAUUGUAAUGGAGAUUUCGUACAAAUCAGACUUCUCUCUGGCAGGAUUCAUCAUCUGCUGUGCAGUAUUGGGUUUUGGUAUAUACGAAGCAACUUCUUUGGAACGUCCGAGGCGAGAUUCCUAUCAAACCCUAGAUCCUGCAGAAAAUUUGCUUGACGACCAGAUUCAGAUGUCAUCGCUGCCAACUUAAAAAUGAGUUGGCGUUACUUAUCUAAGGAAGAACAUAGCUGAGUUUGUGGAGCCUGAGGGCGAAAGUCUGAAUCUUCGUGUAAAUGUCAGCUUUUGUUCAAUUUACAGGCUUAUUAAGCUCAGAAGCUCAAAAAAUCGACCUGUGUUGGACGAGGUAAAUUCUCAUGCAGGUCUGUCAAUGUUCAGAACUUGCUUGCUGGGAAAUACAUUUUAGCAGUUCAAGAAUGUGCAACAUAUGAAGAAUGAUAGCCUGGCUGUAGAACAUGUAUCACUGAAGAAGCUAUCAUAGCUCAUGUGUAAUUAAAAUGAGGAGAAAAGAGAAGUGGGGUUUUUUUUCCCCCUGUUUCUUCUGUUUAGCUUAGUGUUUUUUACUCCAUCAUAUUCAUACUUAUUUGCAACAUCUAGUGCUAAUGUAACAAGUUGUACUUAAGCUUCUGUUAUCGGUUACUUGUUCA